UCAAAUCAAACUGAUAUGUAUUUGUUUUUAAUUUUAUUAAGCUUAGGGGCAGUAAAAGCGUCUAUAAGGACAGUACGUGAGCCGGGACCGGUGUACAAUUGUUCGUACUGCCAACCGGAGCAGAUACAUAUAGCUUUUGGAGAGAAAACCAACGAUAUAUUGGUGACAUGGACAACAUUCAACGAUACGGGGGAGAGCAGGGUGCAAUAUGGGGCGUUGACCAUGGACAAGGAAGCCCGAGGAUGGAACACACAGUUCAAAGAUGGGCGCGGUCAAUGGAUACAUCGAGUGCUGUUGAAGGACUUACUUUUCAAUACUAAGUACACAUAUCACUGCGGAUCUCAGUACGGCUGGUCGGAAAGGUUCACUUUCAAGACGCCUCCACAGGGCGAGAACUGGGUGGUGCGCGCUGCGAUCUAUGGAGAUAUGGGUACUGACAACGCACAUUCCCUGCCUUAUCUGCAAGACGAAGCGGAGCGUGACAAUUUCGACCUGAUCCUCCAUGUUGGCGACUUUGCGUACGACAUGUACGAGCAGCAGUCCAGGGUUGGAGACCAGUUUAUGAGACAGAUACAGCCACUCGCAGCCAUCGUACCCUACAUGACCUGCCCUGGCAACCACGAGGAGAACCACAACUUCAGUAAUUACAAAGAGCGUUUCUCGAUGCCGGGCAUGGGAUCCUUCUCCAGCAUGUUCUACAGCUGGGAUGUUGGCCCGGUCCACUUCGUCGCUAUCAACACCGAAGCGUACUACUUCCUUAACUACGGCCUGGGCCCGUUGGUGAACCAGUACGAAUGGCUCAAGCGAGAUUUGGCCGAAGCUAAUAGGCCUAAGAACAGGACAAAGCGACCUUGGAUCGUGUUGUACGGCCACAGACCGAUGUAUUGCAGCAACGAUGACGAUGACGAUUGUCCAUACGAAUAUACAAGAUUGGGAAUACCUUUAUUGGGAAUGUUUAGUCUAGAGCCAUUGCUAAAAGACUUCGGCGUGGACGUGGUGAUCUGGGCUCACGAACAUUCCUACGAGCGCACGUGGCCUCUGUACGACCACAAAGUGUAUAACGGCACCCGCGGCGCGUACAUCAACCCGGGGGCGCCUGUUCACGUCAUCACCGGGUCGGCGGGAUGCAGGGAGAAGACUGACGGAUUUGUUUCGAACCCACCGGCGUGGUCUGCGUUCCGAUCAAGCGACUACGGGUUCACGCGGUUCCGAGCGCACAACGGCACACACCUCUACUUCGAACAGGUCAGUGUCGACCAGUACGGAAAGGUGGUGGACUCGUUCUGGAUCUUGCAAGAGCGACACGGGCCCUUCAAAAAUAUCGAAUCUCAAUCUAGGCCAUAAGAACUUCGUGUCACAGCGUUUAUAGACAAACUUUUUAAUUUUCAGAUAAACGUGUAUUUUUUUAUGUCGUUACUGGUUGUCAGUUAUUAUAUUAUGUUUUUAGUAAAAACAAAUGUUUUUGAUAUUAUUAUAUACUUUAGCUUAGCGAGGUAUUUUGACAAACCAUGAACUAUUCUAAAUUGUAUCCAUAUGUCAUUUAGAAUGGCCCUUCGGUACAAUCGGU